CCAGUGGUAAACCGGGCCCAGCUCAUCGAUGACACCUUCAGUUUAGCACGAGGGAGCUACAUUUCAAUGACCCGGGCGUUGGAGACCACGCGGUACCUGCACACAGAGGCCGAGUUCCUGCCCUGGGACACGCUGAGCAACCACCUGGACUUCAUUGAGCUCAUCCUGGAAGGAAGGCCCGGCUACGCGCUGCUGGAGAGAUACGUCCUGAGCAAAGUGACCCCAGUUUAUGAGUAUUUCACCGAACGAAGCAGCCCCGAACUGGACACUACCCCCCAGGACACCUCCGAGAGGUUUGCCCAAGAGAUUGUGGCGGGCAUCGCUUGCUCCAAUGGUCUGGCAACGUGCAACGAGAAAGCCAAGACCCUCUACGCCCGCUGGAUGGGGCAUCCAGACGUCAACCC